GCGCGGAUUGUGUGUUGGUUCGAGUCCCUGCGUUGCUCCUGGAUCCGGAGGUAACGGCGGUGUCAUCCCGGGGACUCUUGCAGAGAGACGGCGACGGAGUGACGGUUAGGUAGAGAGGCUGGUGGUCGGUCUGGCGGGGAAUCCGACAAUGGACGACAGCCUGGCUCGGAGGGAGGCAGCUCGUCCGAGGAGGGUGUCUGCUACUACUACUACCACUGCUGCUGCUGCUGCGGCGGCGGCAGCGACGACGGCGACGGCGGAGCUCGGAGCUAACGUUAGCCCGCAAGAUGGCGAGGUGUUCGAUCCACAGCCUCCGAGAGAAACUCAAACUGGUCCCGACAGACUGAGUGCCGCUGCGCGAAGCAUGGAGAGGAGGAACUCGGUACCGCCAGUGGUCCACCAGAGGCAUAUGCCGAUGCAGCCGAACAAGUUCCAUAUACCGAGGAAAACCAAGGAAAAGAGAGCCCUCUUCCAGUAUGUCUCUACUGAGUCCAGGGAGUUUGAAGACAUGAUGAACAUCCUGACCUCCAGUUACAUUGACACUGGCUCUGCUGGAUGUUUCACCUACUCCAAACCCCGCCUCGUCUGCAGUGAGCUUCUGGAGAAAGAGUUUGUGGAGAAGAGGAAGGAGAUGAAGGCGGACGGGAGAACAGAUAAGGAGCUGGAAGAGAGCUACGGUUUCCUGCUGGCUGAUGCCAUCAAGCUGCCCCUGUUCUGUGAGAAGGGGCUGUGUGUGGGUCAGAGCUGGCCCACAGUGCUGGGAAACCCCAAUAAAGGAGUGUAUCUCUCCAGGUACUCAGACCUGCUGCAGAUGAACUCCUUCACCCCUGGUGCCACAGGGGAGAUCAUCAUCUUCAAAGUGAUGAAGGGAAAAGUGAAGAGCAUCUAUGAGAACAUGAAGAACCUGCUGGAUCCGACGCCUCGCUUCGACAGCCACGUCUCCAAGAACGCCAGCAAAGUCACCUCGCUCACCUCCUACCGCGCCUUCGAACUCACGCAGCAAUACUUCUAUGAGUAUUUGUUCGACGAAUUGCGGCAGCGGCCUCGCCAGGUUUGUCCGUAUGCCGUCGUCUCCUUCCAGUUUAAAGGAAAGGACUCUCUUCUUCCCAUCAGGUCGAACAGUCAAUCUGCAGAGGGGAGUAAAGAGCGAGCUCAGUUCACAGUGUGGACUGGAGAUUUAGUUAAAGGCGACCAGAUUCUCUUCCAGAUCUCCCUUCGCUCCUUCUCUCCUCCCUUCCUGCCCCACAGACUACCAGAGAAGUUGAACAUUGGUUGUUUGAUGAGGCUUGACCAGGUGACCAAGCUCCUCCCCUCCAGCCUGUUCUCCUACAACCUCUACAACAGCAGCCAAGAAGUUGUAAAAGACGGACAUUUCUGCAGUCUUCUGGAGGUGAUCGACAGAAAUCGGUCAACGACCAGUGUGACAAAACUGCUGCAGGAACUGGAGAUAAAGAGAGUGGUUCUGGUGACUCCACUUACAGAGAGAGGAUUUCUCUUUCUACUCUCCAGUGUUCAGAUGGCCACACCUGCAGAAAGAGGAGAAAACUGGAAGAGGUGUCUUCAGGCCUUGUUUGUCUUCCCAGACACCAGAGAUGUGGCCAUAUCCACAUCAAGGUGUGCCUCUUCUCCCCAUGGUGCCUCAGAGUCGUUGAUGUCUGGCGCCAUGGUGAUGCCGCGCCUGAGCCAGUUUAUCCCAGCGUUGCAUCAUGCCCUCGUCAAGGCCCGUGCCAACCCCCCUCCUGAGCUGUCUGCUGGUGUGGAGCGCCAGGCACGGGAAUACCUCACGGGCCUGAAUGAUGGCAAGGUUCGACAGUACCCCAUGGGUGAAUACGACUCUAAACUAGAUGAGCAGGGACAGACGGCUCCUGCUCUCAAGCCCCACCGCCUGAACAUGGACGGCUAUCUGUGCUCCUACCUGUACAACCCCGCCCUCUACCUGCUGUCAGUGGCCCGGGCCCGGCAGGUGGUGGAGGCGCACUGUGGCCCUGAGGAGCCGCAGAUGGUGAAGCCCAGGAAGAGCUGUGGAGGCCAGAGAGAGUCGACAGGGAAGGAGGUGACAGGCAGCGCUAGAGACAGACAGACCAACUCUAAGAAGAUUCAGCAGCUUAUAGACCUGGUUUUGACCUGUAAGAGAAACGCAGAAAAUGAAGUGAAGAGGGAGGAAGGAGGAGAAGGAGGGAUGAAAGCACCAGGGAGGAAGAGGAAGCUGGAACAGGAGGCAGCAGAGAGAGCGCUUAAAUUCCUGAAGGCAUCACAGGAACCCGGAAGCCAUGAGAAGAUUCCAGUUGAGGGAAGCCAAGUCCCUGCACCUCCUGGUUCUCUAGCGUCUGUGAUUGGCUCAGUGGGCUUGAGAGACGUUGAUCUGAGGGAAGACGGAUCUGAACUAGCUGCCAAACUUCUCAGCCUGCUGACAGGCCUCAACCAGGCUGCCAGGGGAAUGUCCAGUCAGAGCCUUUUUGAGGACGAGGAGCAGAGGGAGUCCUGUCCGUUUGAUAAGCUGGCCACCAAACUGGGCCUGCCCACCAACUGUGACAUUGACCUGAGGAAGCAGGAGGAGCUGGAGGAGCAGACGGCGGGCAGUGUCAGUAGUUUGGAGGGAUUCAGUCCCAGCUCCCACAGCGGGGAAAUGAAUCACCAUGGAGCAGCAGGCAGAGGAGGAAGGGGAGGGCUGGGGAGGAGAGCAGGAGGCUACGAAGAGGAGGAGGAAGAGGGGGAGAUCCCAUGGGUCCUCAUUCCCAUAACAGGCCUGUGUUCGGAGCGGUACACUCAGAGAGACAGAAACAUCCCUCAGGACCCUCGCUUCCACCACCUCACCACGGCAACAAGCGUCACCACAACAACCACACCCCCCAGGAGGAGCCCCACCCUGUCUCCUGAGCCCAGCCCUCCUCCAUCCCCCGAGCCUAGCCCUCCUCUCUCCCCCUCCCUGUGCCCAUCACCUGACCCCAGCCCUCCCCUUUCACCCUCCCAGUGCCCAUCUCCAGAGCCCAGUCCCCCUCUUUUCUCGUCUGAGUGCCCGUCCCCGGAGCCCAGUCCUCCUCCCUCUUCCUCUCAAUGCCCUUCUCCACAGCCAAGUCCUCCCUCUUCUCCCUCCCAGUGCAUGUCCCCUCAGCUCAACCCUCCUCCCUCCCCAUCCCAGUGCCAGUCCCUGGAGCCUAAUGAGUUCAACCCACUUAAGACGGGCAACAGUGGUGCUAACGAGGAGCAUGUAACCCCCACAGCCUCCAGAGAGUUUGCAGGAGUGUCCAAGGACAGACAAGAGAAACCUCAGGGGAACAAAAAGAAGAACGAAGAGCCAUUCAUUUUUGCAUCCAUCCAGCCAUCUAUCCCUCCAACCUCAGAGAGGAGGAUAAGCCAGUCACAAGCACACUCUGCACAAGUAAAGGAGGAUGCACAGGGGGAAACAGGGGACGUGGAGGAGGUAGAUGCAGUACUUAUGGGGGAGGAAAAGGAAACUCCGCUAGCUGGGAAAGUGAAAAAACAAGGAGACCAGGCGGCCACAGAGGGUGAGCAAGAUGAUGAGGAGGAGGUGGUGAAUAUGAUACAUGAGGCAAGUAGUGAAAAGGAGCAAAACGGAGAAGUGAAGGAGCUGGUGCCUGGCUUCUUAUUUUCUCCCUCCAUCUCCUCACCUCCUGCGCGUCCUCUCAGAGAUAUUGACAGCAUUGUGGACAAACAUCUAGGCGACUUCUCCUCCGAGAUACAGCUCCUCUUGCGGGAGAAGAGUGUUCACUACAGCUUCCCACAGUCCCCACACACUGCUUCAAACACAGAAAGCACCACACAUCAACACACACUCCCACACACCUCAGUAUCUCAGUUUUCACAGUAUGUGUCUUUCUACAACCCCUGUCCCCCUGUCCAGGACUAUGUUAGCUCUCUACAUGACAGCAUUAACAGCAUGUUAACAGAGUUUGGUGACAACUGGCCGAGCCGCAGUGCUGACACCAGCCGGACUGAAGUCGAUGCCACGUUGGCUAGCAAAGUAAGUGCUUUCGUGGCCAGCAUCCGGGCAGCUAAUGCUAAAACGGGCAGAGAUUAUGAGGUUUCUGCUCCCGGUGGUGAACUGACUGCUGCUGAAGCCAGUGCUUCAGUCAGUCAAACUCCUGCACUCUCCCGAGGAGGGGAAAGGUGGGAGCCAGAUGCAAUCACCAGACAGUUUCCUGAUGCUACAAACAGCAGGAAUCCUCCAGCUUCACACGUCACUUUAUCCGUUCCUACCUCUGCAUCUGGUUCUGCCGACGCCGCCGUCCUCCAUCCUCCUUCCAACAAGCCGCCACAGUCCCUCUGGAAACCACACCAAAGUCACACUGUUGAGACCAGCAGGACAGUAGCUCAUAAUGUCAGGCAAACACAAGACAACAGCAUUACCAAGUCUGUACAUUGUACAACUGACGUAGAAGGUGGGAGUAGACUUGCAGGGCCAAACUCCGACUCGACUCUCUCGGGGUUCAGCAGUGUCUCUAAGACCUUGGCAGAACCUUCACACCCCUCUGAGUCGGUCUCCAGCUCGACCACUGUGUCCGUCCCCACUCCCCCAGCCAGAGCCCUGAGCUCCCUAAUCAGCCGGCUGCAGCCAGAGGUUUUCAACAAUCUGGUGGAGAUCAUCAAAGACGUCAAGAAAAACUCUGUGCAGUUCUACCUCCACAGCACCGAGCCAGGGGACCAGGUCUAUGAAGAUAUCAAGGAACACCUGUUGAAGCAUGGUAAAGUGGAACAGAGUCCUGUGGCCUAUCUGAACCAAGAAAACUCUGACAGCAAACUGCUGGUCGUCAUUAAGAAUAAAGACAUUGCUGGACACAUACACAAGAUCCCAAGCCUGGUGUCUCUGAAGCGACAUCCCUCUGUUGUGUUUGUGGGAAUCGAUACGCUUGACGACAUCAGGAACAGCAGCUACAAUGAGCUCUUUGUGUCUGGAGGCUGCAUCGUUUCAGACGAGUUAGUCCUCAGUCCAGACUUCAUCACUCAUGGUCGACUGGCUGCACUGCUGACUUUCCUGGAACAACAAAGUUCUCUAGAUAGUGUUUGGAGGUGGAAGGUUCACUGCAAAACCCACAAGAAAUUAAAAGAACAAGCCAGGUUCAGGAGAGAUGCAGCCAACAUAUUGGACCUACUCUCAGCCUAUCAGAAGAGGCAGAUUGUUGAGUUCCUCCCAUAUCAUCGGUGCGACAUGAUGAGUCAUCAGUCACCUGACCUGGACUGUCUUAUUGAGCUCCAGGCCCGGUACACACAGUACCGACACACAAUCUUCCUGACUGAGCACAGUUUUGAGCAGACCCCCGCCUACUCCAGUGGUGGCAUCAUCGUGGCCCGUAUCGAUGAAAUUCUGCACAACUUCACCAGACUGGUCGGUUACCAUGACAUCAAGGACAAGCAGCCGAUCAUUGACGACCUGCUGGCAACCAAAGGUCUCGGCAGGCAGCUGAGUCACGGUGACUCUGUGUCGGGCUCUGAACGCUCUCCCUCUAUCUUCCCAGAACACAUUCAUCCGCUCUCCUCUGUUGACCAACCCCAGCAUCACUCUGGGCAGCCCGGCUCCUGCCUCCUCCCGCUCCCUCAUCUCUCCGACCAGCUCGUCCCAGACGCCUCCUGUAAGGACAGUGGGCAGCAGCCUUCAGACACAGACUUUGAGGUUCUUCGACUGGCCAUCUCGCAGUUUCGGGCUGAGCGUCAGGCUCAGCUGCAGCAGCAGCAGUUAGACUCCCAGGAAGACUUUAGCAUAAACCCCCUCAAAAGCUUCCUUCCCAAUUACGAUCGUACAGGUGGUGGUCACAGCACUCCUGUUGGCCAGGGAGGUCCCUCUGAGUCUGUCCAGCUUACUCCCGGCAGGAAAGCAGUGGCAGCCGCUCUGGAGUUAAUCCACUCAUCUCUGCAGCCAGAGCUGGGUGGGGGGGAUCAGAGGAGGGAGGACAGAGUGGAGCCUCCCACAGAGGGACAAAGGAGCGGAAGAAGUCAUGGAGGAGGACAAGGAGAAGCAGAGUCUGUGGAUGGUACUCCACAUCGAGUGGUGGGAUUGUCUGGAGGAAACCGGUGUCCCAUUAAUAAUGACACAUCUACCCCUUCGUCCAAUCAAAACACUACAACAGUGACAGGACCAGGUGACCAGACAUACUCAACCAGUGUCGGGAGAGAAAAAGCAGAUCAACAAGGCAAACCUGCGUUUCCCAAAGCAGCUCAACACGGUGCAGCCUCCUCCAGUACCUCCUCCUGUCCUGUAGAGGGCGAGAGAUCAAGAAACGUGCCGUCAGGCCAGGAGCGGCCUCUGAGAGGAGAGACAGCACCGCCUGGAAGCAGCGCAGCCAGUGGCACCAAUGUGACCGGAAGUGUCACCAUGGUAACAGGCCAGGAGGACAACCCAAAUCCGGCUCUGCCCCGGCCACAGCAGAUCCAACAGCCCCAGCAACGUCUGCAGCUCCAGCCGAGUCCGGCACACCCACAACCACCACCACCUCACAGCCAGCAGCAGCAGUGGGGCACUGGCCUCCUGCAGCCCCCCUUCUUGCAUCGACUCCCUAACCAGCCUUUCUCCACAGGUCCCAUGCUCAGGCCCCUGACUGCAGUGGGCGGGACAAGGGGCCUCCUAGGGCCCACGCCUGUCUGGCCAGGCGGCCUGGGCCCUGCAGGUGCAGCUGCCCUUGUCUGGGGCUUCCAGCAGGCUGGCACUGGUCCUUCACUGCUGGGCGAGUACCACAACCUUGCAGGUCAGGGCAGCAACAGGUACAGAGGGGGGCAAAGAGGAGGCUUUAAUGGGAUGUAGAGAGCUACACCAGCUGAUCAACCCAGGUAACCUGCUCCUGUCACCAACCCAAAACUAGACCUCUGUUACCAGCAUGUGCAGAACCUCGAUCUAGUCAAACGUCAAAUUCUCAAACAGGUACUAGAUUGAAGACAGUAGGAAGGAGGAGGCUGAGACACUUUUUAAGACCCUGGGUCUUAAAAAGGGAAUUGAGACUAUGGAAGAACAUCAAAAUAAAACUGUAAAGGAAGAAGAUGGACAGAUUGCCUUACACGUCUUCCAGAGGACACUGUUUAUGUCUUGUAAAUAAAAAAAAAAAAGAAGUUUUUUGCACCGUAUGUUUUUUGUUUGUUACCCCGGGAGCUGUUUGUGUUUAGUUGCUGUUGCACGUAGGAAGUGACUCUGCAACAGACUGGUUUUAACUUAAAAAUUGUUUUUUAAUG